UUGUUGACACCAAACAAGACACGCCAUGAUUAAACAUUACAGGGAAGUGUAAUGAGACCUUACUAGAGAAGUGUACUGCUACAGGUUGGUAAAAUGGCAAGUGAGAAAAAAUACAUUUUUCUGUGAUUACGACUGAUAUAUGUUACACAACAAUGAAACCAGUCAUAAUUUAGAUAAAUAUUAUGACAAUUUAUCACCAAAAUGCUGCAGUACCAGUUAUAAAAUGGAGGAAUCCAAUGAAGUGUCUGUGACCAUGGAAUACAGAUCCCAAAACAAAGAAUUCAGAAAACUUCCCCCCAAAGUCUGAGUAUCACAACCUACAUUUAGUCCGAUAGACAUUGAACAGCUUUACAAGUCACUGGGAUCUUUGAGACCAUUAUCAUUUACCACAAAUGAAAAUGGUUACACACUGAAGAAAGCAGAAACCUCACCCAAAGAACUGAUGGAUGAACCAGAACUCGUCGCUACAAUAAAUACUGGGUAUAAAAACUUCCGCAGUGUUACCUGUCUGAGUGAAGAAGAAUUCUGGACAAGUGCAAGAGUCAGUGAUAUGAAAUGCUUUAAUGUUCAAGGUACAGUUAUCAAUAUAAUCAAAACAAAAUCAGGGAGAUGUCCAAAUGAUAUAGCAGUGACAAGUGAUGGGGAUCUAGUGUACUCUGAUAAUACAACAAACACUGUGAAUAAAGUGAAGAGUGGACAGACAGAGGAGGUGAUCAGACUAGCGGGCUGGACACCUCUCAAUCUCUGUUUCACCUCCUCUGGUGAUCUCCUGGUUACUGUGUACAGUGAUUAUCAAACACAAUCCAAAGUUGUCCGUUACUCAGGUUCCACAGAGAAACAAACAAUCCAGUAUGAUGAUGAGGGUAAACCUCUAUAUUCAGGACAUGCUACCAUUAAAUAUAUCAGUGAGAACAGAAACCUGGAUAUAUGUGUGGCUGACACAGGAGCUGGUGCAGUAGUGGUGGUCAAUCACGCCGGAAAACUUCGAUUUAGAUACACUGGUCAUUCUUCUACUUCCAAAAACAAAGCAUUCAGUGUCCAUGGAAUCACAACAGACAGUCAGAGUCAGAUUCUGACAGCAGACUGUGAUAACCACUGUAUCCACAUCCUGGACCAGAAUGGACAGUUCCUCCGCUAUAUAGAUAACUGUGAUCUGAAGGACCCAUUAGGUUUAUGUGUGGACAAAAGUGACAAUUUGUUUGUUGCUGAGUUUAAUGGUGGAAAUGUGAAGAAAAUCAAAUAUCUACAAUAAAUACUAUUAUUUAUA